AUGGCAUCCGGCAGCAACACAACUUGUCAAUGGAAGUACGACGUGUUCUUGAGUUUCAGGGGCGUAGACACCCGCACAAGUUUUACAGCCUAUAUGUAUGAAAAAUUGCAGGACAAAAACGUCAAAACUUUCAGGGACGACCCAAAGCUUGAAAAAGGGACAAAUAUUAAUCCAGAACUCAUGAAGGCAAUUGAAGAAUCGAGGUUUGCAAUCGUUGUCCUUUCGAAAGAGUAUGCUACUUCCACCUGGUGCUUGUCCGAACUUGCACAUAUUGUUAAAUGCACGAAAGAGAAAGGGACAACAAUUUUGCCAAUUUUUUUUCAUGUGGAUCCCUCUGAUGUACGACAUAUAAGAGCGACUUUUGCCAAAGCCUUCACCGACCAUGAAAAAACGUUCGGGAAAGAGAGCAAGAAUGUGCGCCUGUGGAAAGAUGCUUUAGGAGAAGUGGGUAAACUCGCCGGGUGGCCGUUAAAGGAGGACAGAUAUGAAACAGACCUUAUCAAAGAAAUUGUCCAGCACGUGUGGGAGAGAGUUAACCCCACAUUCAAACUGCAGGGAGAUUCCACGCCCAAGUCAGGUGGAAUUGAUAAUAAACUGAAGAAAGUAUAUUUAAGUUUAAAUGAUGAGGCAAAAGAUGUUCGCUUUAUAGGUAUACAAGGGAUUCAUGAGACAGGUAAUACAACCCUUGCUCGACUAGUUUAUGACAGAAUUUCCCCUAAUUUUCAAGUUAGCUGCUUUCUUGAAGAUGUUGGAGAGGUUGCCAAAACAAAGAGUUUACUUCAUCUGCAACAGAAGUUUUUGUCAUCCAUUCUGAAGGAAAAUAUUAUGCAAGUUUCGAGCGUCUACGAUGGAAAGAAUAUGAUCAAGAGUUGUGUGCUUAAUAAAAAGGUUCUUCUCGUUCUUGAUGACGUGGACCAAUCAGACCAAAUAUUUUUGUUGGCUGGAGAGAAAGACUGGUUUGGUCUGGGGAGCAGAAUCAUCAUUACAACUAGGAAUCCAGAACUGCUAGUCACAAAUCGUAUACGGAAUGUGGUGGAAGGAUUAAGCAAAGAUGAAGUUCUUCAGCUCUCUUACUAAUUAGAAGGCUUUCCAAAAAAAUAAAAAAACAAACUUGAAAAACUUAAAAAAAAAUAAUAAAGUAAAAAAAGAAUUUUACUAAAGGUCACCCCCUGACUAAACCUCCCGCUACUAGGCAUUUGUACAUGCUAGUCACAAAACUGUCGCCUGAUAUUCGUUGGAUAAAGAUAUAUGUGCUGAAUAACGGGAGCAUUACUCACGGUUAUCCGACGUUUAGCAAUUUUCUUUUUGUUGUGUGUUUUUACUUUCCAACCGAAUUCUGUACAAUGCUGUUGUACCUGAUACUAUGUUUUUUACUGUCCAUCGUUGUAUUCAAAGUUUGUUUCGUUGUUGUUGAAGACUCGAACUUAAUUUGCCACACUGCUUCGUUUUGUUCUUAUAAAAAGAAUUGUUUACCUAA